GGCUCGACGAGCAGCGCGAGCAGCGCGAGCAUAACGCGUAAGCGCGUACCGCUGGACGUCCGGACUCGUUGCUGACUCGUACAGUAGCUGCGAACUGAACGAGCGCCCGCCGCACACCAGCAAUCGCUGCACUGCGCGCGCCUCCUGCAGCUCGCAGUCGCAACGGGCAGCACUCGAGCGAUCCUGCGCCGCAUAGGUUACCGCACAAGCAUGCGUGCCAGGAGCUGCCUCUUGCUGCAGACCGCUGCGGUACUCGCCUGGCGCCACACCCAUGCGCCGCCACCCGUCGCGCGGCGACGAUGGCUGGGCGGCGCGCUCGCCGCCCUCGCGGCGACGACGACAGCGCGGAGCAACGCCUACAGUGGCCAGGACAAAACGACGCCGAAGGCCACCAAGCUGCCUCCCAAAGAGUUAGCGAAGCGCGUCGAAAAGGACCUGGUCGAGAACCAGUUCCUCGCCACCGCGAACUUCGACCGCACGUUGUACGACGAGGCCUGCACGUUCCAGGACGAGAUCGACACCUACGAGCUCGACAAGUUCAUCAAGGGCACGUCGAACCUCUUCGUCGCCGACCGCAGCCACGUCGACCUCGCGUCGCCCGUCACCGCUUCCAAUGAGAGCGUCGAGUUCAAGUUCAAGGAGGACCUCUGCUUCAAUAUUCCGUUCAAGCCGACGGUCUUUGUGUCUGGCCGCGUCGUCCUGACGCGGGAUUUGGAUACGGGCCUCUUCGUCAGGUACCGGGAGUACUGGGACCAGAAGCCCAACGACGUGCUCCGGGGGGCGAGGUUCUAGUUCUUAAGACGUAAACUAUUCUUGCCGGUGGACAUCCCCCGCCAAGCCAGGAACCUCUCUCG